AUGCCCAUCGACAUCACCGCUGCUUCAAGGAUUCCCGUGGAAAUAUGGGAUCAUAUCAUGGGUUUCUGUCUGGGUCUGCCGCUGGCAGAGGCAGACCAGCCGUCUCUGCGCGCCUAUCGUUUGCUAUUCUCUUCAGAGAGCGAGCUUCUAAUGCGUUACAUGAGCAAGGAGCGGAUAAGGAGUCGCCUGAGGCUCGUCUGUCAAACUUGGAAAGCUCUGGCGGACAAGAUGGGCGAUAAAAUUGUCGUUAGUCACCUCGACGAAUACGAUUGGCCACCGUUUCGAUCAAGACAGUCAGCUAUGGUGAUAUACUACUCCCGCUUCACUCGACAUAAGCCUAACGAUCCUGCCUGUGCGUACCGGGAACGGCUAGGCGUGGAAUAUCACUCCGGUGAUGCCCCAAUGAUCGUGAACGUGACGGCACCGCUGGCACCAGUUACGAUGUUGGGUAUCUCGACACUUCAAAUGCCUCCUUUUGACGUCGACAUGGAGGCGGCUAUUCGUGUUCUUAACUGGGGCCCAUUUGCCGACAUUAACACGCUGCUACAUCCAACUUUCAGAAACCUGAAAGUUCUCAGGCUGUGGACCUACUACCCUUUCCAACCGGUGAACUCUGCCCAGGAGCUCACGCUACCACAGUUACGCUGUCUGUUCCUCUACGCAAGCGUAGAUGCAACGGCCCACAGCACAGAGUCUUCGUGUCUUGCCCCUUGGACAUUUCCUCUAUUGAAAAUGUUCGAGUUUGGGACAUUCAACUGGGGUUCAAUGCCGGCUGACGACCUGGUCGCCUUUGUCAACAAGCAUUCACAGUCGCUGGAAGAGCUUGCCGUUGUAGGACCAGCCUCAAUUCCGUUUAUAGAUUCUGCAGACUGGUCGCGAUUCCAUCGGCUCAAGACGAUUCGGAUGCCAAACCUUGGUUGGCUCAUCCUACUUCUCCCGCGCAUGGAGCAGUUCUGGAAGUCAGACUCAGCGGACGCGUCUGGAUAUCCCGUUGGCCGUCUUGUCGAAGUGGAACUAACACAUGUGGCCAUUAGAAUGGAGCGGGGGGCUGCGGCGGAAUCUCUUGAGAAAUACCACUGGAUGCUCAAGCAUGCCAAAAUCGUGCUCUGCUACGAGUGGGGAGGAAUCAUGGACCGGAUAAGCCAUCCUGUUCCCAUAUUCCUUAUCGGGGUGCGGGACUUUUUUGACUUGGUAGAAGAGUUUGGUCUUAAUGUCGUCGACUCCAAUGGACACUCGCUUCGUAGCAACGUAGCCAUAACCGCACGAAUGGAUGUGGUCGAUUAUCUAGACGAUUAUAAUGCAUAUUUGUAA